GCAGCAGCGUUUUACCUACGUCACAGUGACGUAGUACGUUGCGUGGGCUAGCUUAGCAGCGUUAGCUGUGUAACGGUGAUGUUGUAGAGGGUGUCUGAGGAUUUCCAAAAUAUCGACGACGCGGAUCGACAUCGAUGAGAGGAUUUUAUUAACGCUCUGUGCCAUGUCUGUGAAGAGCCCAUCGGAUCUACUCAAUGAAAACACGUACAUCCCGCCUUCACUGACCCUUGACCACCUCUGCUUAUCACACGAAAGGAAGUUGGGCCUGACAGAGACUCGCGGCUCAAAUCCUUUCUCUAUUAAGACUCAACUUAAUUACGGCAGCACAAACUCUCUCCAGCUUCUCAGAGGCAUUAUGGGAGGACUAGAUGACGAUGAGGAUGCAUCCCUCCGGCACCAGGAAGAUGAAUGGAGCAGAAAUCAGGAGAAUGAACACGGUCUUCCAGGCUCCGAGAGCAACGCCAAGUGGAUGAAGGAAGGUCAGAAUCAAAUAUGCAAGCUAGCAGAGCAACAGCAGCAAGACCAGAAUCUCAACCUGGUGGAAAACAAGAACGAGUCCACUGACAGAAACCCAAACCAGAACUCACAGCGGCGCCAUGAAGAGAAGAACAAGACCCUGAAAGCGCUCUGCUCUGACCUGCACAGCUGGGCGGCCGAGGAACCUCUUCUCAUUUACUCUUCUAACGCUCUGAUGGAGAAGAAUCAAGAAAACCAGGAGCAGGCGAGAGACGAGGAAGUAGAGAGAGAGAAAGAGGAAAACUUAAAUCCCAGCGGAGGCGAGAACGCCGAUUCGUCUGAGAUCCAGAAGAAAGGAGGUGAAGGUGGCAGCAGAAAUGCUUGUGUGCUGUUCAGUAAGAGCGUUAUUCCCAGCGACGAGGACUCCAGCUGCAUGUCGCUGUCUCAGGGAAGCACUGCAAGCAGCACCCCGGACGGAGAGCCAGAGUCCUACUGGGAUGGCAGUGCAUUUGAAACGGACACGGACCUGCCCGCCGGGUGGAUGCGAGUGCAGGACACAUCAGGCACCUACUACUGGCACAUUCCCACAGGGACCACACAAUGGGAGCCACCUGGGCCCCUGGAGGACAGACCAGCCAGCACAUCACCUGCGGUCACACCUGCUGAUGAGCCACAGAUCACAUGGAGUGGCGAUUCUCAUCCAGACACAUUCAUUGAAGAAGACCACUGGCAGAAGGAGGACGUGGCUUCUGAUGAAAGUCUGAAGGAGUUUGAGGGAGCGACUCUACGUUAUGCCUCCAUCAAUCUCAGCUUUUCCCAGUCUGAGGAGGAAGAGGAACAGACUUAUUUCAGCAGUAAUGAGGGGGCGAAGUGCUUUGCAGUGCGUUCUCUGGGCUGGGUGGAGAUAUCAGAAGAGGAAAUGGCUCCUGGCAGGAGUAGCGUUGCCGUUAAUAACUGCAUCCGACAGCUGUCCUACCAGAAACACAAUCUAGAUGACACGGCUGGCAUCUGGGGCGAGGGGAAGGAGAUGCUUCUGGUGCUGGAGAAUGAGACUCUGAACCUGAUCGAGCCUCACGGGGGAACGCUGCUGCACUCUCAGCCCAUCAUCAGCAUCCGCGUGUGGGGAGUCGGACGGGAUGAUGGCAGGGAGAGGGACUUUGCAUAUGUGGCCCGAGACAAGUUGACUCACGUGCUCAAGUGUCACGUGUUUCGGUGUGACACCCCGGCAAAGAACAUCGCCACCAGCCUGCAUGACAUCUGCUCAAAGAUAAUGGCCCAGAGGAAGUCAUCCAGCAGACUGAACACCGACCCCUCACGACUGAAGGACGUCCCUUUCCAGGAGUUCCCGGCUCCUAAGAAUGAGCUGGUCCAGCGCUUCCAGGUGCGCUACUUGGGUCGUGUGUCGGUGACGAAGCCAGUUGGCAUGGAUGUGAUUAACGUGGCGUUGGAGGCCGCUCUCACGGGCAAAGACAAGGAGGAUUGGACCCCUGUGACGGUGAACGUGGCGUCUGCUACACUCACUAUCCUGACUUCUGAGACGGAGGAAGUUCUUUCUGAAUGUCGUGUGCGUUUCCUGGCGUUUAUGGGAGUCGGGAAAGAUGUGCACACGUUUGCGUUCAUAAUGGCAGAGGGACCCGGAGACUUCAUCUGCCACAUGUUCUGGUGUGACCCGAACGCAGCGAGUCUGAGCGAGGCCGUCCAGGCCGCCUGUAUGCUGCGCUAUCAGAAGUGUCUGGACGCUCGGCCUCCCAGCAGCGGGAGCUCGUGUCUCCCCGGGCCGCCCGCUGACUCGGUCGCCCGCAGGGUCGGCUCCAGCGUGAAGAAGGGCGUUCAGAGUCUGCUGGGCAGCUUCAAGAGAUCCGGAUCUCAGACGCCCUAAAGAAAGAAAAGAAGCGUCUUUGUCAUCAUCACUCCUUACUCUUCCGCUGCGUUUCCUGUGUUUGUUUACAUUAGCAGAUGUACUGUAGAAGUCAUUUAGCACUACUGGGUAUGAAUGUGAUGUAAUCGAUGUUACGUGGACCACACUCUCUAAUCACACUAAACAUUACGCAUGCUAUCAGAAACACUAAAAUGAGCUUAUAUACUAUGCAAUGUGCUUUUUUUAUUAUUAUUUGGCUUUGCAUCGUGACACAUACCUUUAGCUCCGACCGCUUUCCUUGUCUUCUGAAGAAUGGAUAAAAAGUUUCAAAUCUGUCCACGCUCCUCAUCCACUCACGUUCCUGACGUCUGUUUUUGACUCCUUAAAGAAGCAGCACUUCCUUUGCUUCCUUUCGUCUCUUCCCUUAUAAUUGAUGCUGAUGUUUGUCAAAAAUGAACUUAACUUAUAUUAUACAUUACUGUACAUUUACCCACUACUAAUUAGACUAUUUUAUUCAUUUUGUAAAAUAGCAUUAACAUAUCCUAGUCUUCCAAAGUGUAUUUGCUCAUUAAGAAAGCCCUGCUUGAAAUGAGCACAUUUUAAAAAAUUAUUUUUAUUUCUUUUACAUUUUUUUUGUGCGUUUGAUGGCUUUAUCUUAAUGAAGAAAAAGAUAUUUUUGAUUAUGAUCAAACCUAACAUCAGCACAGUGUGUUUAAGAAUGUGACUGAUCCUCUAGAGGCUGCUCUGCGCUUCUUCAGUCUGUACAUACUGCUUUGUCACUAAAUAUGGUUGUUUUUUUGGUCCCUCUUUUCAAUUGUAUAUUGAAAUCAACUGGUUAUCUGCACAUAUUUACACACUCGGGGGGGAAAGUCUUCGGAAAUGUAUCUUAAAUGCAUUGCAACGAUGGAUGUCUUGCUGUAUAUAGAUUUUUUUUUUUCUUUCAAAUACAACGUUGUAACAUAUUGCCAUGUCUUAACUUUUAAAGAAUGUGUCGAAUUCAUAAUAUCAUGUUCUUUGAUUAUUCUGGGUAAUGUACAUACUGAAUUUAAUACACUAAUAGAGCAAGACGGCUCAGUUCCUCAUGAAUUUUUCUCAUCCAUCUUCACAUCUUUUUUUUAAAUGUGUGUUUUUGUUUUUUGGGUUUUUCUUUUCAUGUCUUGUGUAUCUGAAUGCUUCAUCUUGGCCCUGUUUGCUCUAAUACUUUGUGUGUAGCUCUAGAUAAUGUAAUGUGAUUCUUGAAAUGCCGUGCUGUUGGUAACACUAGAAAACCAGAAGAAUAACACUCAUGUACGUGUAAAUAUUCUGCAUUACAUCCAGGAAUGGUAGCAGGUUUUCAAUGAAAUGCCGUGAGGGUGCUUUGCUUGUGUGCCAAAACACACAGCUCUAAAACACAAGCUUGAAAUGUUACCUGCUUAUGGAGAAAUAUUCACAGAUUGGUAAAAUGGUAGAUAAAAGUACAUUUGCUUUUUAAAAUACAGUUUUAGCUAUAUUAGUCUGAAAAUGUAAGGUUGGCUCACAUUAUCACUGAUGUAGGAUGUUUUUGUCUUCACAUUUUUUUAAGGCGAGUUGAAGUGAUUUCUUAAAAUGUAAAUUGGAUGUUCUAUAGAUGCAUAUAAUGUGACUGGAUGGAAUAAUAAAAAAAAAAAAAAGUUGAAAAUGCA